CAGCUGGACUUUAAACUUCAUCUCUCCUGUAGCUGUUUUGCCCAAGAGCUGCAGAAAUGCAGGCAGGCGCCAUUAGGCUCAGAGGGUAACAAUGACAAGGUGCUCUUGGAUAAUAUUGUUCCUUCUCUCUGCCCUUUUCCGUCAGACAGAGCAAACAGUGUUUAUAUCAGCUGACGAGGCAAACAAUGUUAUCAAGAGACAGAGGCGUGCCAGUUCCCACCUUCUGGAGGAGAUCCUCCAAGGCAGCUUGGAAAGGGAAUGCCUUGAAGAGAGAUGUACACAUGAAGAAGCAAGAGAAGUAUUUGAAAAUGAUGAAAUGCUUAAAAUGUUUUGGGACAUCUACUAUGAGGGCAGGAGGUGCUCCUCGAGCCCCUGCCAGAACAAUGGCGUGUGUGAGGACAGCAUUCGUGGCUACACCUGCACUUGUGCUGAGGGCUACGAGGGAGAGAACUGUGCUUUCGCUAAAAAUGAAUGUCACCAUGAAGCAAAGGAAGGAUGUCACCACUUCUGCUACCCAGGAAUUAAUUCCUACCGCUGUUCCUGUGCUGAUGGCUAUGAGCUUGGGCAGGACACAAAACAGUGCAUCGCAUUAGAUGAAUGUGCAUGUGGCAGACUUCAAGACAGUGAUAAUCUGAUAAGUGAAACCAGGAAGAAACAUGACGAGCGAUUUCCCUGGCAGGUGCUACUGCUAAACUCAGAAGGGAAAGGCUUCUGUGGAGGAGUGCUGCUAAAAAGUAACUUCAUAUUGACCACAGCAGAGUGUGCUCUUCUGCACAACCAUUUUGAAAUCAGGGUUGGUGCUGGGCCUAAUGGAACAAGUGGAACUGAGAAGAUAAUGCAAGUUAGUGAGAAGCACAUACACAUCCGGUAUGAUGAAGACACUGGUGAGAACAACAUUGCAGUGCUACAGCUUCAAGGGCAUGUUGAGUGCAACAACUACCAGCUUCCUGUAUGUGCCCCUGAAAGAGACUUCGCAGAACACGUUUUAAUUCCAAAAUUGGCUGGUACAGUUAGUGGCUGGAGCAUAGAAGGUGAUGAACUUAAAGUUGAUGAGCUGCAGGUUUUGUACCUUCCUGCUGAGGACUGCAAACAAAUACUCAACAUCAGCCUCACAAACAGGCAGUUUUGUGGGCACCUCCAGAAGGCCGUAGACAAACGACUGGCUGGAGGAAGCUUUUUAGCUACCGAGUAUAAGGGCACUUGGUUUCUGACUGGUAUCCUGGGAUCUUGGCCACUAGAAGACACUGACUGGGAAACACUUCUAUUCACCAACACCGCAAGGUAUAUGAUAUGGGUUAAACAAAAAAUGAAAUAAGACACAAACACAACCAACUCUCAAGCACCAAACGCCUACCAAUCAUGGCAAGGAAACAUAUGGAUGCAGCCAGUACACCCAUUUGACUGUAUCACAAUUCACAGCAAUGGAAGUUGCAAUGAUGGCACGUAUUUAACUCCAAGUUACACAGAAAAGCCUGUUUGUCUUUCCUUCUUCUGCUGACACACAGUACUGUGGAAGUCAUGAUGCAGUAAACCUAGUUAUUUUAUGAAAAACUGAUUUAACUUUAAAUUUCUUAGAACUGUUCAUCCUAAAACUCCAAACACUUUGAUGUUUUUCUGGGAUUUUAAAUAGCGCUAGAAGGAAAUGAGUCUUUUCAAUUCUUGGUACCCUGAGGUUUACUUCAGCAAAUUCAUACUCUUAUUUCAAGAUUCAUACAAGUAAAACUUACAAAGACCAGGGGAACUUCCUUUACAUGUCUGUGUUAAUGACUGUGUAAGGUCUUGACACUUUCAUCAUGUUUAAAAGUGCUUCCCCUCAUACAUGGUACCUGUGUUUUCCCUUAUGAACGAUGUUCAUGUCAGAGGAUAAAAUAAAACCCAACUGUAAAAGAUAGGAAAAGAAAAAGUUUAAUUUCCUUUUAAAAUAAUUUUAAAACCCCCAAACUACCAUCUCAUCAGUUUGGACAAAGUUACAUUGUACCAAACCCAAAUAAGCAAA